UUUUUAUUUCUGUUUUUACGAAAGAGAACGACGAAAAGAAUGCUACAAUUGGCUGACAAAUACACAUUAGCAAUGCACAAGUAGACCUUACUCAGACCUUAGACAUAAAAUAUUCUGAAGACAGAAGCGGUCCCACCAACGACACCGAUAAACGCACUUGAGGGCUUAAACUAAACACGGCGUCCACUGGAAUGAAACCAUGAAACCGAAACGUUGUGGUUGUUGAGAUGCCGUGACUGCCGGUGUAUCAAUCUGAACUGAGGACAUCGAGAGCCGAAAACUGAGCAGUACUGUGCUGGUAGUCCUUAUGUCUGCAGCAUGUUAGACGGGCUAGAAGUUCAAGUGUUCGAACAUCAGAGAUAAUUUUCUGGAGAGGUUUAUGAGACGCUCGAGGAGGAGAAUUAAAAGCGUUUUGAGAUCCGUGUGGAUUAUAUUCCUAUAUUUCCCCAUCAAAGUGACAAAUAUUCCUAUUUGGAUUAAAUGAGAACCUGGAUCUGGUGGAGGGUUUCUUUCCAUCGAGGAAUUUUAAGAACAGAUCCUGGUUGCCUGUAAAUUUAUAUCUGAAAAGAGCUGGCGUGAGCUGGUCAUAACUGUGCCCAGGGUCAUGGAACCAUCUUAUUGCUGUUCGCAAUGACCAGUGCCGGUGUAUGUCUUAGCUAUUACUCCCUGUAACCACUAAACGGCAAAACUCGCGGUGGACACCAUCAUCUCACCCUCACCGCCCAUCCCUCUGUCUCCUCCUGUUCCCAUCAGACCGCUUUCAAAACCAAUGCUACAUCAUCCGUGUCAUGGGAUGCGUCAAAUCCAAGCGGAGCGAGCCCUCUCUGAACGCCAGCUCAGCGGAGAGAGUGGACGGCAGGCCAGGCAGGCACGGAGAGAAAGCCGCUCUGGUCUACUCAGAAUCUGGACCCAUGGAUGACUCGUUACGGGUCAACCCGGUCCUGCUGGACUACGCCCAGAGGCUGUCGGAGGAGAUCGUGGCGCGGGCGGUGCAGCAGUGGGCGGAGGUGGACAGCCGGUACAGCGACAUCCCUUACAUCGAGUGUGACGUGCCGUGAAGGCCCGACGGGCGCAAAAACCCCGUCGGUUCUGCCAAGCUCUGCCCACGCACCACACCUUGGACUGGUCAGUGAGAAGCUUCCACCGAGACAGAGAGAAAAGGACAGCAGAACAUGCUUUAAUUAUGUCAUUUCAGGAAUGAAUUCUCUGUGGUGUUGGAAACUGACCGCUUUGCUUGACACACUGUAAAACAACGAUCUUGAGAGGAAAAGGCAAUGGUCCAGUCUGGUUCAGCCAGGGCUAUGCUGGGACUUCCCCCGGUUGUCAUGGUGCUGUAGGCUGAUUGACCAUUUACUGUGACAAAACAACAAAGGAACUGCGAAAUCAAAGCACCGGACUAUUUCUGUCUCUGAACUUUGUUUUUUUUUAA